CCGAAGGGCUAAGGAGGAGGACACCUGUGACCUGAAGACUGCCCUUCGGUUUAAGGGUAAGUAACCCCUGCCCUCUCCUCCGUCUCCAUGCCUACAUAGCCCCACACCCUUCUCUCUCUCUUCCCUCGUUAUGUUACUUUCAUGUGAUAUACCCUAACAAUUAUCUCUUCCACUCUCGUGGCCUAACCAAGAACCAAAAUUUUCCUUCAAAUUUUCCUCCUUUUUUCGCCCACUGUCAAUGACGGGAGAUGGGUGCGUGAUUCAGGCCACACCCAGUUCCAACAAGAAGAAGAACAACAAGAAGAAGAAGAACAAGGGUGGCACCAAGAAGAAGAUGACCCAUGACCAGGUUCUCGCCUUCAAGUUCGUCAGUGAUUGGGUUUUCUUGGAUCACCCUUCUGCUUCGUCAUCAUCAUUUUCUUCUUCUCCUUCUGCUGCUUCCUGUGUUGUGGAUGAUUUUGGGGUGCAGAAGCCUGUGGGGAGAGGUGGGGAGAAACUCCUCUUUGAAUUGCAUUCACACUCCAAAUUCAGUGACGGGUUCUUCUCCCCUUCAAAGGUUAUUGAGAGAGCUCACAUCAAUGGCGUGAAAGUUCUUGCUCUGACAGAUCAUGACACUAUGGCAGGCAUUCCUGAAGCUGUAGAAUCAGCUCGUAAAUAUGGCAUCAAGAUUAUUCCAGGUGUUGAAAUUAGUUCCAUAUUUUCUCCAAGAGGAGACUCAGAAUUAGAGGAACCAGUUCACAUUUUAGCAUAUUACAGUAGUAUUGGACCAACAAGGUUUGAGGAGCUGGACAAGUUUCUAUCGAAUAUAAGGGAUGGACGUUUUCUUCGUGCAAAGAACAUUGUCUUAAAACUGAACAAGCUCAAAUUGCCUCUUAAAUGGGAGCAUGUUUGCAGGAUUGCUGGCAAGGGAGUUGCCCCCGGGAGGCUUCAUGUUGCCAGGGCCAUGGUUGAGGCAGGUUAUGUAGAAAAUCUCAGACAAGCCUUUGCUCGGUAUCUUUUCGAUGGAGGACCCGCUUACUCCAAGGGAAGUGAGCCUCUGGCAGAGGAAGCAGUAAAAAUGAUUUGUCAUACUGGGGGUGUUGCUGUUCUAGCUCAUCCUUGGGCAUUGAAACAUCCAGUUCCCAUAGUCAGAAGGUUAAAAGAAGCUGGUCUUCAUGGGAUGGAAGUCCACAAAAGUGAUGGAAAGCUGGCAGGUACGUGCUCUGUAGAAAACUUUCCUCAUUUCUUAAUCAUCAAAAUGAUGUUGUUGCAUUAGGAUUAUUAAGAUAUAUUCCAAAACAGAAAUUUCCAACCCCACCUUCCACUUGCCCUAUUCCACUGUUUUAAUCAUCUGAACCACCUAGCAUGAAGUUGAUUCCACU